CCGACAAAAUGGCUUCUGUGUUGAAGACAUAUUAGUCUGAUACACUUUUUCCUCUGGCGCCUGCCUAGACUUUUCUGUCGUCACCGCAUAGACGCGCCUCUUCCCAUCAUGCAGUGCGGUUAGUGGCUGCUGAUUGGAUGAAUUUAAAUCGAGACGGCGGCACCGAACUUGGAAACUUGUGCACCGGAGUUCCCUGGGAUGUUUAGAGGAUAGAGUACCGGGAAACCGCAGACAGCCGUUAUCAUUGGUCUUCAGUCAGUGCUCCAGUGUCAGGUAUCUGCUGCUUUCUAUCAGAAGCCUUGCUAUGACUCCCCGUACUCCUGGUUAGGGAGGUUCACCACCGAGACUGCUGAUUGGCUGUGGUGGUCAACUGUCAUCCUCUGAGUCAGAAUGAAGCCAUCUGAAGAGAACCGCCCCGCUCCAAGACCCUCUUAUUUGGGUGAAGGUAUAACCUAUCCAGAAAGGGAUGGACCACAAGAAAUAGAUGACAUCAGAACAAAUCUCUCAGAACGGUUCUUACUGUUGGAGGACACAGAAUCUGAUUCUGUCCUGAAAAGCUCCUUGGAUGCUAAAGAGCCCAUGCAGGUUUUCCUUCGUGUGCGACCUUUUACUGGAUCUGAGAUUGAGCAAAAAGAGUCCCAGGAUUGUGUCAGUAUUCCUGAUCCCUGUAGUGUCCUGGUGAAAGCUCCUCUCAGUUCACAGGCAAUUCGGCUGAGUGACAGAGGUGGCGGUUCAAUGGCUCAGAAGUUCUCAUUUACUCAGGUGUUUGGCCCUGAGACUACACAAAGCCAGUUUUUUGAGGGGACUAUAAAGAAACAAGUGACUGAUUUCAUGAAAGGACAGAAUCGGCUGAUAUUUACCUAUGGUGUUACUAACGCAGGCAAAACAUUUACAUUCCAAGGCACAAGGGAUGAUGCCGGUGUUUUACCAAGAUCAAUGGAAAUGCUUUUUAAUGCAAUUGAGGGAAAAGUUUAUUCUAAGAUGGACAUCAAACCUCACCGAUGUAAAGACUACAUAAGACUGACUAAAGAACAAGUGAGAACAGAAAAUGCAUUUAAAAAUGGAGUCCUCCGUCACUCUAAAGAGGUUGACCUUCAUUGUAGUGUUCGGAGUAAUAACAGUAGGACCUCUGCAGAUACCACAGACAUUCUUAAUGAAGAUGCUGGAGUAUCCUCAAACUGUUCCAGAGUCCUCUCUGAAUUUGAGGAGUCUGUAAGGGAGUCUGAAAGGUUCAAGUUAGAAGUUGAUGAUAAUAUAAAAUUCUCUGUCUGGAUUUCCUUUUGUGAAAUAUACAAUGAGUGUAUUUAUGAUCUUCUGGACCCAGUGUCAGGUGAUAAGUGUUACAAGAGAAAAACAUUAAAGCUUGCCCAGGAUGUGAAAGGAUUUUCUUUUGUUAAAGAUCUACAAUGGAUACAAGUUUCAGAUGCUAAAGAGGCAUGCAGAAUUCUUGCUUUAGGAAAAAGGUUCCAAAGUAUUGCUUUCACCAAAUUAAAUAGUUCUUCAAGCAGAAGUCACAGUAUAUUUACUGUUCGUCUCUUAAAAAUUGAAGACACAGAUGUUCCUCGAGUAGUAAAAGUCAGUGAAUUGACCCUGUGUGACUUGGCUGGUUCUGAAAGAUGCACAAAAACUCACAAUGAAGGUGAAAGGUUGAAAGAAAGCGGAAACAUAAAUACCUCACUACUAAUCCUUGGAAAAUGUAUCAACGCGUUGAAGAACAGUCAGCAGUCAAAAAUUCAGCAGCAUGUACCAUUCAGAGAAAGCAAGCUUACCCACUAUCUGCAGAGCUUUUUUAGUGGCAAAGGGAAAGUGUGCAUGAUCGUAAACAUAAGCCAGGCGGCCUCUGCUUAUGAUGAGACCCUCAAUGUUCUCAAAUUUUCAGCGGUUGCUCAAAAGGUUUUGAUAUUGGAUGCUUGUCAGGCUGUGAACAGCCUAACACAAGUUCAAAGAAAGAGUGCCAGGGAAGUGUCCUUCAUAAUAAACAACGCUGAUAACAAAAGGUGGCUAACACGGAAACGUGCCACCGUACAGUGGGAAAGCCGCUUAGAUGAUGUGGUAGAAGAUGGAGAUGAUGAGGAAUAUGGUGAGAAUUCUGAUGAUGAAGAUCCUUUUGACUGCACCAAUCUAGAUGACCCAGAUGAUGAUGCAGAGGAAGAUGAAGAUGACAUUGUUAUUAAGAAAGAGGCUUAUGAGAAAUUGCUGGAACUUGUAGAAGAAUUGAAAACCAAGCUAGUUAAUGAGAAAAAAGAGAAACUCCUUAUGGAACUAAAAAUAAGAGAAGAGGUAGCGAAAGAGUUCACCGAACACUUCAUGCAGCGUGAAAAUGACUUCAGUGAGCGUUUGCAAAAAGAAAAAGAGCUGCUAGAAGAACGAUGUGAUGAAAGAAUGGAGAUCUUUCAGGACUUGGUGAGAAAAUGUUCCAACGAGGAGGAAGAUGUUGAAAAGGAAAGUACAAAAGUGCCAUGCAAGUCAACAGAAACCACCAUUCAGGCAGAUGAGCUUAGUUUACCUCUUCAAGGACUCUUCUCUUCCAUGCAGAGUGAUUUGGCGGUAAUCAAGAAGCAGGCGGUGGAGGCGCAUCAUCAGAUUGUAGCUAUCCAUGAUGAUCCCGAAACCAUUGCUGCAUUGGAACAAAAAUUACUACAAGUUACCAGUAAUCUUUCAGAAACUCAAGCGGAGCUAAAACAGAAAUCUGCUGAUCUGGCAAGUCAGAUUAACCAGUGCACAAAAAUAAGACUUCAGCUUGAAGAGUCUGACAAGACACUCUUGUCACAGAAACAGCAAAUUGAUCAACUAAUGGACAUGAUUCAUCAGAAGGACUCUGCCAUGGAGAAGCUUAAAGACCUGAUCUCUCAUUGGGAGGCUAAAUGUGAAGAUUAUGAGAAAUCCCUAAAUACUAUUCGGGGCGGAAUGAUCAGCAGCUCCACAAGUCGGAAGCGCUUACCUGAUGACCACCCUUCAAACGAGGAACAACCUCCAUCAAAGAAAGAUUUUGUUGACCCUAAUGACAGUCACGUGAAAAGCAGCGAAAAGCACAAAGAUGCCUUGCAGGACAGAGAUGAAAGCGCUAUACUGCGUGAAUUGAAAGACUUUAAAGUUGAGAAUGAGAAUUAUAAAAUUCAAACAGUGAAACUCACUCAGUCUAUUGUGGAACUGGAAGGAAAACUUGCUGGAUAUGAAGAGAAGUUCAUGGACUUGGAAUCAAAAAAUAAGAGCAUCGUCUCUGAACUGCAAAUACAAAAAGAUCUUACGCUCAGCAUGGAAGGUACUAUUAAUACCUUGAAGCAGGAGGUCGAUCAGAACCAAACAAACAUUGCCAAUAAGGUUGCUCAGAUCAAAACUAUUCAAAGUAAGUUAGAUGACUUUGGCAAUGCUGAUCCUAGUCAGGAGUAUUUUAACAUUACUGAUCUAAUGGAAGAAUCAACCAAGAAGAACCUUGGGCAAAUUGAAAGUCAAGUGGGACAAAUGGCAUCUGGGCGCGAGAGUGCAUUUUAUAAUGCCAUAGAAGGUCUGUGGAGAAAAUGUCAAGAUGUCCUUCAAGAAUCAUCUAAGAAAAACAAGCAGCUGCUGCAUCUCGAAAAACAGCUUAAUGACCUGAAAAACGAAAUGGCCAUUCUUCAAAAUAUAAAGGAGAGCGAGAUGUCCUCCCAAGUUUCUCAUUUCAAGGAAAAAGAUGAACUUAUUGUCCAGCUUAGAAAACAAUUGUUAGAAACAACCAAACAUUUGGAAAGCCUUAAAAACCAGGAAAUUGACUAUAAGAAUCAGUUAUUAUCAAGUAGCCAGCAGAUAAAGGACCUAAAGCUCCUUACGGAUUCUUACAAAGAAAAAUCUGAAAGGCUUAGCAGGCUGGAAGAAGAGAGCAAAGAAAAAUCUGCUGCUGUUGAAACACUGGAGAAACGCUUGGCAGAACUCCAGGCAGAACACAUGGGUUGUGAAAAGAGCCAGAAGAAAUUAAAUGAUGAGAAGACUGAAUUAGAACAAAAGAUUAAAGCAGCGCAGGAAGAACUACAAGCUGCCGAAACUACCAAGAACGAGAGGGAGAAGCAAGUCAAAGAGUCAGUGGAAGACAUUAAACUGUUUAAAAAAGAACUUUUACAAAAAGACGACAUAUUAAAAACGGUACAGCUAGACCUUCAGAGGAAAGAAGAGGACUACACAGAGUUAAAGGAUAAAUUGGCUGACGCAAAAAAGCAAAUGCAGCAGGUGGAAAAAGAGAUUUCUGCAAUGCGUGAUGAGAAGAAAACUCUGACUAACAAAAUGAAUGAGUAUGAGAAGUUGAAGAAACAAAUGUCUUGUGAGCUAGAAGUCAAACAGCGGACAAUUCAGCAACUUAGCAAGGAACAGUGUAAUAAUGAGAGAACUGAAAACACGUUGCAGCUUUAUCAGAAGGCUUGUGAAGAUGUUAAAGCAAAGGAAAAGGUAAUAGAAGACAUGAAGUUGACACUUAAUGAGCAGGAAGAGACUCAGGAAGAACUAGAGCAAGCACUUGAAGCCAAAACAGAAGAAGCAGAGAAAUUUGCUGAAGAGCUGGAGCUGUGGAAACAAAAGUAUAGAGAGAAAAUAUCUGGAAAAGAAAAUGUUAUAGAGCUGAGCAGAGAAACAAAUAAUAAUACCGAAACAGUCAAGAGUGAAGUAAGCAAGCUGCAGAACCAGCUGAAGGAGCUUGAAGAGAAAUUCAACAAUGAUAGAAAGAAAUGGUUUGAAGAAAAAAAGACUCUUAUCGCUCAGGCUAAAGAAUCUGAGAAUCAAAGAAACAGGGAGAUGAGAAAAUUUGCAGAUGACAGAGAACGCUAUGGAAAACAGCAGAUAGCAAUGGAACAACUCUCUGCUCAGCUGGCUGAGAAAGAUAAUACACUACAAAAGUGGCGGGAAGAACGGGACAGUCUCCUCUCUGCAUUGGAAGCGCAAUUGAAAAACCUACUGACUAGCAAUGCAGACAAAGAAAAAGAAAUCGAGCUACUAAAAAGCACCAACAGAGAAUCUCUUCCCCUUCCCGAUUCUUCUGCUGUGGAAGGACUAAAGAGGCAGCUAGCUGCAAGUGAGGCCAAGGUCAAGGAAUAUCAGGAGAAAGUAGCUCAGCUGGAACAUUCCCAGUCUUCAGCUAUUACUGCAAAAGAGAAGGAAGAAGUUGGGAUUGCAAAAACUAUGAUGAAAACACAAGAAGAUUGUACAAUGCUUUGCAAAGACAAGAAGUCUUCUACCUGCGUAACUGAUGAUUCUGCAUCUGACGUACAGUCACAGGAUGGCUCAGAUGUGGUGUUAGACUCCUCUAUGAUUUCUACAGAGAAUGGAAGAACCAGCAGAUUUCCAAAACCUCAGAUGGAAAUCCGUUUUAGCCCAGUGAAGCCUAACAAAAUGGAAGUGAAACAUCAUGGUAAUGACUCCCCUAUAACUGUAAAAAUAUCAAGACCCACUAGAAAGAGGAAGAGCACUGACAUGGAGCAGGAUGUUGUGAAAAGUGAAAAUAGGAAAAAUACUAGAACUAAUAAAAUGACCCCAUCAUCCUUGGCAAGUCCUACAACAAGCAUCUUUGGCUCAAAGAAACUGACACUAACCAAGCAGCCAUCUUCUUCAAGUACUGCAUCCACUCAGAAGAAAGAUGGAACGUUACAGAAGCUUGGAGAAUUUCUGCAUAGUUCUCCUACCAUCUUUCAUACCAAAGCAAAAAAAUUCCUUGAGACUAUUGGAGCUCCAAAGAAUACAGCUGUGAACAGUGGUAGAAAUGCUGAUGAAAAUAAGCCGAAAAAAUCUCGUAGAAAAUUGUACACUACUGAAAUCUCAGCUCCACUAGACAUCCCUGCUCAUGCGAUCAUUCUGGACACUAAUGAAAGGGAAAGUGAUCACCUUAUAAUGAAGAGACGCCUGAGAACAAGAACUGCCAAAUAAACUCUCCUUAUUUGUGCUAAUUUUUCCUGUGAUAUUAAAUGAAACAUGUAUAUAGUUUUAAUCCGGUUUAUUAUUCCUGUACAAAUGUAAUUCUUAUAUUUCAUAAGCUGUGUAUGUAAGUGUAUAUUAGGAGCCUUGUAUAUUCAAAAAUGCACAAUGUUUAAAGUACUUUAUGGUACACACCACUUCAAUAAAUGCCAGCCUGUUAUCCUA